AUGGUUGAGAGCGAAACCCCGGAAGACGGUGAGGAGGUGGUCGACCUGGGGCUGAAGCCCCGGUUCUUCCUAAACCGCCUCCUGCAUGGGGUAUUCUGCAGCGGCGCCUUCCGCCAGGCCAUGAAGGAGGGAAAACGAAGGCAGCGUAAAAUGGAAAUCUUCAUCGUGCUGUUGAUCGGAUUACUGAGCUUCCUCCUUCGUCUAUUCUCAGUCAUCCGAAAUGAAGCAAUCAUACACGAGUUCGAUCCCUACUUCAAUUAUAAAUUAACAAAAAUAUUGAGAGAAAGCAAUUUUUACGAUUUUUGGAAUUAUUUCGAUUCAAAGUCCUGGUUCCCUCUAGGGAGGACAACAGGACAGACCUUAUUCCCCGGAUUGAUGUUAACUAGCUAUUUUAUUUACCAGUUUUGCAACAUGCUUGGGUUCCUAAUCGACAUAAAAAUUAUUUGCAUCUACAUUGGACCUCUAUUCAGUUUCUUCACUUGUAUAAUAACGUACAUUCUAACAGUGGAGGUAUAUCCUUUUCGUGGUGCAGGAUUAAUAGCAGCUCUUUUUGUUUCCAUGUCUCCUUCUCAUGUGUCGAGAACAGUAGCAGGAUCCUAUGAUAAUGAAUCUAUUGCAAUAUUUUUACUCCUUCUUUGUUUGUACACCUGGAUUAGAUGUCUGAAGGAAGGUACUCUGCUCUCAGCUCUCCUCUGUUCACUCAGUACCUACUACAUGGCCCUCUCAUGGGGUGCCUAUAUCUACAUUACCAAUUCGAUAAGCCUAUAUAUGCUAGUGAUUCUCUUGCUAAAGAGAUAUCAAUUAAAAAAUGUGAUCUCCUUUAAUGUGUAUUAUGUAUUAACAACCAUCCUUUGUUUGAAUAUCCCCUGUAUUGAGAGAUCCGUUUUUCUUAGCAUCGAGCACCUUGGGACUCAUGCCAUUUUUGUUCUAACCAAUGUGUUAGUGGUAGCCAGGCAUGUGAUUAUCUAUCUGAGAGUGGACCAAGAAAAUUUCGAACGUAAGUUCGUGCAAAUGUGCUUUCUCUUCUUUUUUCUCAUUUUUAAAUUUUUGAUCUUUACACAUAAUCUGUCAUGGAAUCAUAGAUCAAGAACGCUACUAGAUCCUACUUAUGCAUCUAAACACAAUCCCAUUGUCGCAUCUAUUUCGGAGCAUCAACCAACCACUUGGUCUUCAUACUUCUUUGAUGUGCACCUUGUUUUGAUUUUUGUACCCAUUGGACUCUACGAAUGUAUGAAGAAGCAAGCCCCGAUAGAAGCCUUUUUCUUGGGGAUUUUUUCCGUCCUCUGUUUGUAUUUCUCCUCCCUCAUGGUUAGAUUGCUUUUGAUUUUUUCUCCCAUCUCGAGUGUGUUGAGCGCCAUAGGGUUGUCCUCCCUGCUCAGUCGCUACGUGCGCUUCCUGCGUGUGGCCCCCAGUACAUACAGGGCGUCCCUACUCUUUGGAAGCGAGUUCCCCCGCGGGGAGAGCUACUCUUCUGAGGGCAGCUAUUACACAGAUGGGGAAGGCCGCUCCGAUGGGGAAGGCCGCUCCGAUGGGGAGGGCCACUCCGAUGGGGAGGGCUGUAGAGGACAACUGACUUCCGAAGAGAAGGCGCACCGAGGAGGGAAAGCCAGCUGCACCGACGGAGAGAGCGAUGCUAAGAGUGACGCUAAGGGUGACGCAAAGAGCGAUGCUAAGAGUGACACCGCGAGCAGGUCGAACAAUGCGUUGCCAGCCCCACCCACAGACGACCGAAUCAUCAAGCUUCCCUUCAACCGAACAGAAAACACCGAGGUGUCUAUCCUGACGAGCAUCUGCAUCUUAACCCUCCUGGGCUACCUCGUAAUUUUAGCUAUCCUGCAUGCCACAUGGUGCUCAUCCAUUGCCUACUCCGAGUCGAACAUAACCUUUUACAGCCGAAAUGAAAAAGGAGAGAGGUACAUAAAUGACGAUGUCAGGCAGAUGUACAAAUGGAUUCAACAGAACACAAAAACGGAUUCAAGGAUAGUGGCUUGGUGGGAUUACGGAUACCAGUUGAGUGUCAUGGGAGAUAGAAUAACCUACGUAGAUAACAACACUUGGAACAGUGCACACAUCGCCACAGUAGGGUUGAUUUUUAGUGUAAACGAAAAACAAGCAUACGACUAUGUGAAGAAGCUAGAUGCAAAUUACGUCCUCGUCUCAUAUGGGGGGUAUUCACAGAACUCCUCAGAUGACCUAAACAAAUUUUUGUGGAUGCUAAAAAUCACGAACAAGCAAUUUAAGCAUAUAAACCCAUUACUCUAUUACUACCAUGACCAGCAUCACCCCUUUGGGAAAAAUGCAACCUCCUUUAUGUCGAAUAGUCUCCUCUACAAGCUCUCCUACUUUAACGUGUCGAAUGGAAAACAUAGGGGGUAUGACUACAUAAGGAAGUUGGAGGUCCCGGAGGUCAAAGGGCUUCGCUACUUUGAAGAGGUGUUCACAUCCGACGUGUGGGGCUUCCGCUUGUACAGGGUUAGGGAAGACGUGUGA